AUACACAGGUAAAGUAGGUCAAUGGUAGUAGGAAAUACCUGGAUAAUGACAUCAAAAUGGCUGCCGUCGAAAAAUAUAUUGUUUUGGUUGAUUACUGAAUAAAACGUAAAAUGUACCGAUUGGUUUACGGACAAUAGUGAAAAGAGAUAUAAAACAUUGUAAAAAGAAGACCAUGUCACGCAGGAAGAAUAAUUUGUUUAUCUUGCUGAUGAUGAUGAUAACAUGGAAAGUCAAGGCUCAGACCAGAGACUUGUUUAUGGAUUCCCCUACAGCAUGCGGUAAAACAUUUGCGGCAGGUGAUCGAGAAGUGUUUCGUGUAAAACCACGAGGAACAGUUGGUGUAUCUAACCCUACAACAAACUGUGUCGUGUACUUUGAGUCCAGUCAAGCGAGUUCGAACUACAAGUUUGAAAUUGUGGUAGAAGCGGCUUCAUUUCGUGACUGCGGGCUUCAACUGCGUAUAUUUGAUGGCAAGGGCACUGGUGGCAAUUACCUGCGAGUAUUGGGCUGCGGUUCAACAACCUCUACUGCACAGUUCUAUUCAAAGGACAGGGCAAUGUCUCUCUUGUUGACUCGAACUCAGAACCAAUAUUUCUUCGGGAGUGAUUUCCAGCUCAAAAUACAGCUUUACUAUGACAGUGAGGGUGCCGAUGAGUAUAUCGGAACAUAUAAAUUCCCCGCUGGAGCUAUUAUUGGUAUUGUUCUUGGUGUAAUUGUAAUAAUAGCUGCAGCCAUUCUUCUCGGCUGGUGCUACAAAAAUGGUCGACUACCAGGCCUGAAUCCUUACGACUAUCCUGCGCCCACUGUUAAAGCUAGCACAGAAAACUUAUCUCGAUCAGAUGCCCUCGAUACUGCUGCCUCCAAAAAUGGAGGAUUUGUGGCAUGGCAUAAUACAGAGGGGAAAAAUAUUGACUCAAGAAGCAAUUUUGACUUGGAUGAUUCGAGAAUUUGGGAGUCAUUGACUAGUGUUAAUACAAAUAAUACAAAGAAAGAUAAUAUUAGACCAAUUGGAAGGAACAAUUUUAUUGGUGACAAAGGUGUUUCGUCACCAUAUGAUAAUAAUAGAAGGGAUAAUAAUACAAAAAGUUUUCAGAGACUUGACCCCAAUCAGUUGUCUAAUUCACCUACUACAAGGAUUAGAGGUCGUAAUGAAAUUCGACCACCAGACAAAAAUCAAAAUUUUGACAAUAAUAAAGACACAUAUCAUACAAUUAAUGACCUUGAGCGAGAAACAAAUUUAACCUCUGGUCAAAGGUUAUUGAGGGGCAAAGGUAGUUUUGGUGCUGAUAAUGAUGGAGAUAAGAAGAGAAAUUCCUCAGGUGUUUUUGUAAAUCCAGAUAAAGAAGGUUAUAUGUAUGAUUAUGAACAUGUUAAAAAACUCGCUGGUGACAGUGAAAAUGAUUCAAAACCAAAAACUCAGGAUUUUGCAUCGGAGCUUCAAUCGGCUAUAAAGCGUGUGAGCUUAAGACGGCAAAAGUCUGAGAAUCAAACAGAUAGUGAUGGUCAGGGUUUGUCAGGUAAGGAAACUCAAGAGGAAUCCUCGGAAUUUAGUAGUAGUGCUGCAUUAAACAAACAAACUGAUGGUGAGAUGACUGGCCCAGAUGCUCACUCUUCCCCAAAACCUAAGAAAAAGAAGAGAAAAAGUUCUAAGGAGAGAAAAUCUCCAAAAUCACCUAGAAAAAGCAAGAAGUCAAGUAAAGAGAAUAAUGAGGACGAUGUAUCCAAAUCCCCUGAUUCAAAAUCUAACAAUGUUGACGUAUGAUGAAGU